UACUUUUAAUGUUUGCUAACUAAUGUAAUUGCUUGUCUCAUGCCCGGUAUGCCCUGUGCUCUUCCCACAGGUGGCCUUUUGCCCCACCCCCAGCAUACAAUGAUGGAAAUAGCCAAUGUGAGUUCUCCAGAAGUCUUUGUCCUCCUGGGCUUCUCUGCACGACCCUCACUAGAAGCUGUCCUCUUCAUAGUUGUCUUGGGUUUUUACGUGGUAUCGAUCUUGGGCAAUGGCAUCAUCAUUCUGGUCUCCCAUAUGGAUGUGCACCUCCACACGCCUAUGUACUUCUUUCUUGCCAACCUCUCCUUCCUGGACAUCAGUUUCACCACGAGCAUUGUCCCACAGCUUCUGGCCAACCUCUGGGGACCACAAAAAACCAUAAGCUAUGGAGGGUGUGUGGUCCAGUUCUGUAUCUCCCAUUGGCUGGGGGCAACCGAGUGUGUCCUGCUGGCCACCAUGUCCUAUGACCGCUACGCUGCCAUCUGCAGGCCACUCCAUUACAUUGUCAUUAUGCAUCCACAGCUUUGCCUUGGGCUAGCUUUGGCCUCCUGGCUGGGAGGUCUGACCACCAGCAUGGUGGGCUCCACUCUCACCAUGCUCCUACCGCUGUGUGGGAACAAUCGCAUCGACCACUUCUUUUGUGAGAUGCCCCUCAUUAUGCAACUGGCUUGUGUGGAUAUCAGCCUCAAUGAGAUGGAGAUGUACCUGGCCAGCUUUGUCUUUGUUGUCCUCCCUCUGGGGCUCAUCCUGGUCUCUUACGGCCAUAUUGCCCGGGCUGUGUUGAAGAUCAGGUCAGCAGAAGGGCGGAGAAAGGCACUCAACACCUGUUCUUCCCACGUGGCCGUGGUGUCUCUGUUUUAUGGGAGCAUCAUCUUAAUGUAUCUCCAGCCAGCCAAGAGCACCUCCCAUGAGCAGGGCAAGUUCAUAGCUCUCUUCUACACCGUAGUCACUCCUGCGCUGAACCCAUUUAUUUACACCCUGAGGAACACAGAGGUGAAGAGCGCCCUCCGACACACUGUGUUAGAGAACUGCUGUGGCUCUGCAGGCAAGCGGGCCCAAAUUUAGAGACUCCAGUUCCUUCUGAGAAGGAAGACUAAGUUUACAUAGAGCAAACUGACCUUGGAGGACGGGACACUUGGGAUGUCGUUGGGAUGUCGUUUUUCUUCCAAUAUUGUUUGAGCUCAAGGUAGAUGGAAAUCUGAAAGGAGUGUGCUCACACUAUUUCCAGACCAAGAAAAUACAUUUAUUGUUUGUUAAUUAUCGUAGUUUUGUUAAAUUGCCAUUGUUGGUUUUUGCUAUAUAUACACAUGUUGACUGUCAUCUUGUUUUGUAAAUUCCUUGCGUUGUUAUACAGCUGUUUCUCAGUAUCCGAAUCGGGUGGAUUCCAGGACGCUCCGUGGAUAAUAAAACUUUGACGAUGCUGAGAGCGCACGGGGAGACCGGAGCCGGCCUGUUUCCCGGUGCCCCUGGAGCCCUCCCAGCCCUCGGCUCUGCGCCUGGGGUGAGAUGGUCCCAGGACAGGCCGCGGCCUUCGCCUUGCAGGCUCCGGAGCCCUCGCUGUGGCUCCCCCGCCCAGCCCAGGCCUUCAGGCUGCGGCGAACCUCUUCCUACCCCACCUCGGGGACCUGACGACAGCGGCGGCCUCCCCCAGCCUUGAUCUCCCGGUCCAACCCUACCGGCCCAGACCAAGAUCGCGCCGAGCUGCCGGGAUUCAGCGCCUUUGAGUGACGGCGGUAAGCAGGGAGGAAGCCGUUAGGCUGUGGAGGGCGAAAAAGGUGAUCCAGGGGCGGGGUCGGCUGCCCGUUUAGGCCACGGAGCCGGCAGGUCCACAUUCUGGGCGACCUCUUUGUCCCAGUUGGGCGAGACCUACCUAGUCCUGAAGGGUCGUAUUUCCAAGACAUUUUCAAAUUCUAUCAUUAUGUGUGUGCAUUUUAUUACUUCUCUAUAGAGUUGACAACGCUAAGCUUUUUUGAAAUGUCUGUUCCUUCUAGAUGUUUUGAAGUACCUGAUAUAUGUUAAAAUUAGAGAUAGUAAAAUGACAUAUUUUGUAAAUAACUUUUUGUUAAAAUUCAUACGAAAUGUUAUUUUGUGGGGGGAUGGCAUGGUGUUUGUGGACUAGUUCAAGGAAGGAGGGGAUAAGAGAGGUGCAGAGAGCUCUAAGCCAGUGUGCUAACAGUGAGGCGAGAUUCACCAUUGUUUCUUAUGAUUGUGCAUUUUCUUUUACUUAUCUGUGUAUACAGUGUAUCUAAAGGACAAACGAGUUCUAAUUUACAACACCUAGUCUUUCGAGAUGUUAAAGAACUUCUGUCAAUAGA